UACAGGGUGGUCAUCACCGUUUCCGGCCCGAUCUGCACGUCGUCAGAGUACAGGAAUCUGCAAGCCGGGUGGCAAUUACAAAUCAGGCCGUACAGGAGCGCACACUGGAUACAACUCUCUGAAGCUCUGCGUGCGCCUUUAAGAAGCUCGGACGGCGAGAUUCCGCCGCCGCCGCGCGCGGUCAGGUGUCUCGUGGCCGCAUGCUGCCUUUCAUCAGCGCGAUGUGACGUCACGUCAGUAGCUGUCCUUUCGGCAGCGGUGCUGAAACAAGAUGGCUGUGCGUCGGAGAGCGGAAAGCAGAGGCGAUGCUGGAAAGUAGCCCGUGAGAGACGAAGGAGCCGGCAGAGUGACACAGAGGGCUAAUUACAGAAGUGGUGGGGGGGGGGACGGAAUUGUACACACCCUCGGCAAAUCACUGCAUUUAUCUCCCCCCGUCUGUGUACUCGGGGAGCCGGGAGAAGACAGCUGGUCGCGCUCACAGCCACGAGAGAUGUCACUGCUGUGUGUCGGAGUGAAGAAAGCCAAGCUCGAUGGACCACAGGAGAAGUUCAACACCUACGUGUCUCUGAAAGUUCAGAAUGUCAAGAGCACCACCAUCGCUGUCCGCGGCAACCAGCCCUCCUGGGAGCAGGACUUCAUGUUUGAGAUCAGCAGGCUGGAUUUGGGGCUGACGGUGGAGGUGUGGAAUAAGGGGCUGAUCUGGGACACCAUGGUGGGGACGCUCUGGAUCCCCCUGCGCAACAUUCGGCAGUCCAACGAGGAAGGCCCGGGGGAGUGGCUGACCCUGGACUCCCAGGUCAUCAUGGCGGAUAAUGAGAUCUGUGGCACCAAAGACCCCACUUUCCACCGGGUCCUGCUGGACACUCGCUUCGAACUGCCGCUGGACAUUCCAGAAGAGGAGGCUCGCUACUGGGCCAAAAAGCUGGAGCAGCUCAACGCCAUGAGAGACCAGGAUUAUGUGGAGGAGGGUGAGGGACCUCUGCCGGUGCCAGGGACUCAGUGCUGUAAUUGGAGUCUGUGGAGGGACCAGCAGAGUGAUCCCGCGGGCAGCUACGCCUCGUCGGGGGAGCUCAGUCAGGGCAGCUCGCAGCUGAGCGAGGACUUUGGGCCGGGGGGGUACCGGGACGGCCUGCGGGGGGAGUUCUACGACGAAAACGACUCCUACCACUCCUGCCACUCCUCCGUCAGUUACACCUGCAGCCGGGAAUCCCCGGACUGGGACCCCGAUGACCCCCAGGGGGUGUACAGCGACGAGGGGGGGUACAGCCGGGACGGGGGCGAGGAGGGGGCCCUGUACGGGGACGAGGGAGAGGAGGGGGCCUACGAGGACGAGAUGAUCUACGAGGAGGAGGACCUGUACCCCCUGGAGGAGCCCCUAAACGAGGACCAGGAGGCCCCCUACACCCCCACCCCUACUGGGCCCGCCCCUGCAGCCCUGCUGCCCGAGACCCCAGCCAGCGCCCGCCCCCCCCUGGAGAAGCAGGCCUCCCUCAACAAGCAGCAGCCUCCUCAGGGCCCCGCCCCCUCUCAGGCCCCGCCCACUCAGCCGAAGUCCCUCCCCCCACCACAGCUCCCAGCUGCCGGGUGUAGGCCCCCUAUUUCCCAGGCCCCUCCCCCUAUGGCCGCCAGUCAACCCCCUGCCCCCGCAGCCCAGCCCGCUGCCCCCAUGUUCCAGCAGACUGGCCCCGCCCACCAGACUCCCUCCGCCCCCUUGUUCCAGAGAGCUGGCCCCGCCUCCCAGCCGUCCCCAGUCCCGACUUUCCAGGCGACUGGCCCGCCCCCCAGCCUUCUCCCGCCCGACGUUCCAGCGUUCCAGAAAGCGGGCCCAGCGUUCCAGCAGCCUCUCCCCGCGGCAGCGAGUCAGCCACCCGGCCCCGCCUCAGCCCAGGCCCCGCCCCACCAGGCCACGCCCCCUGCCCCCACAGAGCAGGCCCCUCCCCCCUCCACCGCCCAGCCCCCUGUCCCAGCGGAGGAGCCCCUUCUGCUCUCAGAAGAGGAGCCCCCCUACACAGAGAGCCCCCCUCCCGAAUCGCCCCUGGAGGAGGAGGAGCCCACGCCCGACAGCUGUGCUCUGGAGGAGGAGGAGCCCCAGGAGGAAGUGGAUUCUGCGGCUCGCGCCAAGGCCAACUGGCUGCGGCUGUUCGAUAAGGUCCGGCAGCAGCUACAGGAGGCUCGUGGGGAGUCGGGCGGCUCUCAAUCACUGUGGUUUAAAGGAGGGCCUGGCGGGGCGCUAUAUAGUAUAGACAGCAUGCCGGACCUACGAAAGAGGAAAGCCAUCCCUCUAGUUAGAGAUUUGUCUCUGGUCCAGAACUCUCGCAAGGCGGGGAUCACCUCGGCGAUGGCCUGCAGCACGCUGAACAACGAGGAGCUGAAGAGCCACGUGUAUAAGAAGACCCUGCAGGCGCUGAUCUACCCCAUCUCCUGCACCACGCCCCACAACUUCGAGGUGUGGACGGCGACCACGCCCACCUACUGCUACGAGUGCGAGGGGCUGCUGUGGGGCAUCGCCCGCCAGGGCAUGAGGUGCUCCGAGUGCGGGGUCAAGUGCCACGAGAAGUGCCAGGACCUGCUGAACGCCGACUGCCUGCAGAGGGCGGCGGAGAAGAGCUCCAAGCACGGGGCGGAGGACCGCACCCAGAACAUCAUCAUGGUGCUGAAGGACCGCAUGAAGAUUCGGGAGAGGAACAAGCCCGAGAUCUUCGAGCUCAUCCAGGAGGUGUUCGGCGUGAUCAAGGCCACCCACGCCACCCACAUGAAGCAGAUCAAGCAGAGCGUGCUGGACGGCACCUCCAAGUGGUCCGCCAAGAUCAGCAUCACAGUGGUCUGCGCCCAGGGCCUCCAGGCCAAGGACAAGACGGGCUCCAGCGACCCCUACGUCACCGUGCAGGUGGGCAAGACCAAGAAGAGGACCAAGACCAUCUACGGCAACCUCAACCCCGUGUGGGAGGAGAACUUCCACUUCGAGUGCCACAACUCCUCGGACCGCAUCAAGGUGCGCGUGUGGGACGAGGACGACGACAUCAAGUCGCGCGUGAAGCAGCGCUUCAAGCGCGAGUCGGACGACUUCCUGGGGCAGACCAUCAUCGAGGUCCGCACGCUGAGCGGGGAGAUGGACGUGUGGUACAACCUGGACAAGCGUACGGACAAAUCGGCCGUGUCCGGAGCCAUCCGCAUGCACAUCAGCGUGGAGAUCAAAGGGGAGGAGACUGUGGCACCCUAUCACGUGCAGUACACCUGUCUGCACGAGCACCUGUUCCACUACCUGACGGACGUGCAGAACGAGGGCGUGGUGAAGAUCCCGGACGCCAAGGGCGACGACGCCUGGAAGGUGUACUUCGAGGAGACGGCCCAGGAGAUUGUGGACGAGUUCGCCAUGCGCUACGGCGUGGAGUCCAUCUACCAGGCCAUGACCCACUUUGCCUGCCUGUCGUCCAAAUACAUGUGCCCCGGCGUGCCAGCGGUCAUGAGCACCCUGCUGGCCAACAUCAACGCCUACUACGCCCACACCACCCAGUCCUCCAACAACGUCUCCGCCUCCGACCGCUUCGCCGCCUCCAACUUCGGGAAAGAGCGGUUUGUGAAGCUCCUGGACCAGCUGCAUAACUCCCUACGGAUCGACCUCUCCAUGUACCGGAACAACUUCCCAGCCAGCAGUGCGGAGAGACUACAGGACCUGAAGUCCACUGUGGACCUGCUCACCAGCAUCACCUUCUUCAGGAUGAAGGUCCAGGAGCUGCAGAGCCCCCCCAGGGCCAGUCAGGUGGUGAAGGACUGUGUCAAGGCCUGCCUGAACUCCACCUACGAGUACAUCUUCAACAACUGCCACGAGCUGUAUGGCCGGGAAUACCAGGCCGACCCGGCCAAAAAAGAGGUUCCCCCCGAGGAGCAGGGUCCCAGCAUCAAGAACCUGGACUUCUGGUCCAAGCUCAUCACCCUCAUCGUGUCCAUCAUCGAGGAGGACAAGAACUCCUACACGCCCUGCCUCAACCAGUUCCCGCAGGAGCUGAACGUGGGGAAGAUCAGCGCGGAGGUGAUGUGGAGCCUGUUCGCUCAGGACAUGAAGUACGCCAUGGAGGAACACGAUAAGAACCGUCUCUGUAAGAGUGCAGACUACAUGAACCUGCACUUCAAAGUGAAGUGGCUCUUUAAUGAGUACUGCAAGGAGCUGCCCUUCUUCCAGAACCGCGUGCCUGAGUACCCUGCAUGGUUCGAGCCGUUCGUCAUCCAGUGGCUGGACGAGAACGAGGAAGUGUCGCGCGACUUCCUGCACGGUGCCCUGGAGAGGGACAAAAAGGACGGGUUCCAGCAGACGUCCGAGCACGCCCUGUUCUCCUGCUCCGUGGUGGACGUCUUCUCCCAGCUCAACCAGAGCUUCGAGAUCAUCCGGAAGCUGGAGUGCCCCGACCCGCAGAUCGUGGGGAACUACAUGCGGAGGUUCGCCAAGACCAUCGGCAACGUGCUGCUCUCCUACGCUGACAUCAUCGCCAAGGAUUUCGCCGGUCACUGCUCCAAGGAGAAAGUGCCCUGCAUCCUGAUCAAUAACAUCCAGCAGCUGCGAGUUCAGCUGGAGAAGAUGUUCGAGGCCAUGGGGGGCAAAGACCUGAACGUGGAGGCCAGCGACUUCCUGAAGGAGCUGCAGGUGAAGCUCAACAACGUGAUGGACGACCUCAGCAGGGUGUUUGCAGUCAGUUUCCAGCCGCACAUAGAGGAGAGUGUGCGGCAGAUGGGGGACAUCCUGAGCCAGGUGAAGGGGACCAACACGGUCCCGGCCAGCGCCUGCAGCAGCGUGGCCCAGGACGCUGACAACGUCCUGCAGCCCAUCAUGGACUUCCUGGACAGCAACCUGACGCUCUUCGCUAAGAUCUGUGAGAAGACGGUGCUGAAGCGCGUGCUGAAGGAGCUGUGGAAGCUGGUGAUGAACACCAUGGAGAAGACCAUCGUCCUGCCGCCGCUGACCGACCAGACGGGCACCCAGCUCAUCUUCAACAAGGCCAAGGAGUUGGGACAACUUUCCAAACUCAAGGAGCACAUGGUUCGAGAGGAGGCCAAGGCUCUGACGCCCAAACAGUGCGCCGUGGUGGAGCUGGCGCUGGACACCAUCAAGCAAUACUUCCACGCGGGCGGGGUGGGGCUGAAGAAGGCCUUCCUGGAGAAGAGCCCGGACCUGCAGUCCCUGCGCUACGCCCUGUCCCUCUACACCCAGGCCACGGACAAGCUCAUCAAGAAGUUCAUCCAAUCACAGAACGCGCAGGGUUCCGGGGUGGACGACGCGGUGGGGGAGGUGUCCAUCCACGUGGAGAUCUUCACUCACCCCAACACUGGAGAGCACAAGGUCACGGUGAAAGUGGUUGCCGCUAACGACCUGCAGUGGCAGACCUCCGGAAUAUUCCGCCCCUUCGUGGAGGUGUACAUCAUCGGCCCCAGCCUCAGCGACAGGAAGCGGAAGUUCGCCACCAAGUCAAAGAACAACAGCUGGGCGCCCAAGUUCAGCGAGACCUUCACGUUCACGCUGAGCAGCGAGGCGGGGCCGGAGAGCUACGAGCUGCAGGUGUGCGUGAAGGACUACUGCUUCGCGCGGGAGGACCGCACGGUGGGCAUGGCGGUCAUGCAGCUGAAGGACAUGGCGUCGCGCGGCAGCGUGGCCUGCUGGCUGCCGCUGGGCAAGCGCGUCCACAUGGACGAGACGGGUCUGACCGUGCUGCGCAUCCUGUCCCAGCGCAACAACGACGAGGUCGCCAAGGAGUUCGUCAAGCUCAAGUCCGACCAGCGCUCCCCGGAGGAGGGCAGGGGGAGCUAAGAGGGGGCGGGGAUGACGAGGGAGGGAGGGAGGGAGGGAGGGACAGAGAGAGAGAGAGAGAAAGCCCACAGCGCCCUCUUUUGCACAGUAUUAAUUUCACCUCUGGGCACACACAACACACACACACACACACACAGCACACACACCUGCGCAUGCUCUCAGCUGACCAACACACACACACACACACACUGACACACAGCUGUGAAACGUAGAGAAUGGUACCGCACUGCCUCUCUGAUGGACGAUGUUCAUUCAGACUCCUCCUAAGAGCCCCCCCUCCCCCCCGUACUCCUCUGUCCUCCAUCCCUCCUUCUUUACCUGCCACUCUUUCUGUCCUCCUCUUCUUCUUUCCUCUCCUCCUGCCUGCGAAGACCCCUCUCUAUGUGGCAAACGUCUCGAGCUUUUUAACACCCCCCCCCCCCCCACCCCCACACACCAACUGUAUGUGAGUUGAUUUCCUUACAGCUGCCUUCCUUUCCCACCGCUCAACAUGUAUGGGGGGGGGUGUCACCUGAAAAUAACCCCCCCCCAAAAAAAAAAAAAAAAAAUGAAACACUGAGGGGUGAGUCAGUGAAUAAGCAGGUUUUGGAAAGCGCUGGAAUGUGGGUGGGAUUACUUCCACCGCCCAAACGUGCCCGAUCAGCUCAGACCCCAAAUUCCCUCCGAUGGGCGUUCAUCGCCAAAACGAUUACAGGGGGCUUCGCCCGCUCUGUAGCUCGCACCUGCUGGACUCGGGCCGACUGGGGGGCCGAGUAACCGCGGAAACCAGCAGAACCCGCCAGGUCCCCCCGGGGGGCCCGGGGGAGGGGGCGAGUCGGAGUCGGGCCGUGCCGCUGGGUCUUAGGCCCCUCGGCCCCUCGCCGGCGGCGCUGAGCGUCUCAACUCUCCAAUCUCAACUCAAGACCUUGUCCCUGAGCGUCCGCCGCCCUCGUGCCCACCUGUGCACAGCGUCCUCUGCAUGACGAUGCCACGCCCUCCGAGCACUGUGAAGAACUUAGCCCCGCCCUCGACUGUGACCGCGCCCACGCCCGCCGCUAUGAAACCGCCAUCUGGGCGGCCGUGUUUCUGCGUUCACGUCCGCUUGUGCGCUCCGCAGGGCGAGAAGAAUGUCCAUCGCGUCGAAUGUCCACCGAGUCAGUUAGCUAGCUAGCUAGGUAGGAAUAUAGAUAGACAGAUAGAUAGAUAGUUAUUUUGAGAAUUGCCAAAGUGUCUUUUUAUUAGGAGGAAAGGAUCUUUGUGGAGGAUUUUACGCUUGUUUUUAAACACAUUCCACUGCAAGCCAUGCAGUCCUUCUGUUUUCGUGGGGCUGACCCAUUGCAGUAGACGUGUUUUGGGGUGUGUGGUG